AUGACUCGGGGGUAUCGUCUUCAGUUUUUGAGCGCCCCCCCUGUGACUUCAGUACCUGCUUUUACCAUCGUGGCAGAUCACCAAUACAGAGAGAUCUUGCGCUCAGAGGUGUCCAGUCUCCUGGCCAAGAGGGCCAUCAGAGAAGUGGGGCACGAAGACAGGCGGAUGGGGUUCUAUUCGCGUUAUUUUCUGACCCCAAAACGCGACGGGACACUCCGGCCCAUUUUGGACCUCAGGGGCCUGAACAAGUUUCUACGGCCCCUGAAGUGCAAGAUGUUGUCCAUACCGCGGGUGAAGCAAGCAGUCCUUGUGGGAGACUGGUUCGCAACAGUCGACCUCAAGGACGCGUAUUUCCAAAUUCCAAUAUGGGAGGGCCACAGAAGAUUCCUCAGGUUUGCCUUCGACGGCAAAAUCUUCGAAUUCUGUGUCCUCCCCUUUGGGAUAUCGCUGGCUCCCCGCACAUUUACCAGAUGCAUGGAUGCGACCCUAGGCCCUCUGCGGCGGCAGGGUCUCAGAAUACUGAAUUACCUGGACGAUUGGCUUAUAUGCGCUCAGACAGAGGAGCAAUGUCAUUGCCAUGUCCAGAUGUUGUUGAUGCACAUCCAGUAUCUGGGUCUGCGCAUCAACGACAAAAAGUGCAAUCUGCAGCCAUCUCAGGCCAUCCAGUUCCUCGGUAUGUGGCUGGAUACCAGGACUGGGUUGGUGGCAUUGACUCCGGCCAGACAGGAUUCCCUCAGGGAAUGUCUGGAGCUCUUUUACCUGGGGGCCAGGGUCACUUGGAAGCUGUGUCUUCGCCUGUUAGGCCUCAUGGCCGCUGCUGUUCAGGUGGUGCCACUAGCUCUCCUGCACAUGCGGCCAGUACAGAGGUGCCUAUACGGCUUGGGGCUCUGCCCUCAGAGGCAUCGACGGGCGUCGGUGCUUGUUACCGGGAGGUUGUGCACAGCUCUCAGGUUGGGGUGCUGUCCACGAAGGAGGGCAAUCCACCUGGCCCUGGUGCAUUUCCUCCCAGUAUUACAGGGCUGCCACGUGCUUGUAAGAACCGACAGCACCACGGCAGCUGCGUACAUCAACAGACAGGGAGGCACAGGCUCUCUGCGCCUGAGCAGGAUAGCACACAGACUGUGGACGUGGGCAUACAAGCAGUUCCUGUCACUCAGGGCAAUGCAUGUGCCUGGUGUGGUAAAUGUGGCGGCGGACCUCCUUUCCAGGAGGGGACCGCAUCCAGGGAACUGGAGGCUCCAUCCGGCAGUGGUGGAGGAGAUCUGGCACCACUUUGGAAGAGCGGUGGCCGACCUGUUUGCCUCGAAGGAGAAUGCUCACUGCCCACUGUAUUACUCCAUCGAGAGAGACUCGCCUCCCCUGGGCUGCGAUGCCAUGGUGCACCAGUGGCCUCAGGGGCUGCUCUAUGCUUUUCCCCCGUUCAGCCUCCUGCCGAACCUGCUGCAGAGGAUCAGUCAGGAGGAAGUUCAGGUGGUUCUGGUGGCACCGGAUUGGCCACACAUGACAUGGUUCUCAUGGGUGACACCGCUGUUGCACGGGACACCAUGGAAGCUCCCGGUUCGCCGGGACUUGCUGAGCCAGGCGCAGGGGACGCUGUUCCACCCGUUUCCACAGGGGCUGGAUCUAUGGGCCUGGCCACUGAGAGGGCCGGCUUAUUAG